CAGUAACUUCCAGUGGCAGCAACGGAUUAGCUUCGCUUCGAAUUCGAAUUUGCGAUCGAAUCUGAGAAUCGCCAGUGUUUCCCAGCUCGAAAAGUGAGACGUCGGGUUUAUCGAGCGUGUAAUUUGUGCUCCGUUCGCGAGAUUUAUGAUCCACGGCACCCGCCCACUGACAGCCUAAAUGUCUGGACCCCGAACCCCGCGAUUCCGGCACCUGCGCCGGGUGGCCUGCCUGGUGGUCCUCUGGUUAUCCGUUGGCCAGGCCCAGUUGCCAGGCACCGGGUUCCAGGGACAACGGCCGCAGGUUCCACCGCUCCAAUCGCUGCAGCAGCCGGCCAAUCCCUUCCAGCGUCGCCAGCCCAAUCCCGUCCAGGGACAGGGACUUUUUCCGGGUGGUCAGCGGAAUCCCCUGAACCCACUGGCUCCUCCGCUCACGGGUGCUGCCCUCCAGAAUCCCUACACCCGCUACAAUCAGUACCAGCAGCAGAACUACGUGCCCAUCACGGCCUACCAAAACGAACUCAAUCUGGAUGGCAGCUUCUCCUACGGAUACUCAUCGGCCGAUGGAACCACUGCCCAGGCUCAGGGAUAUGUCAAGAACUUGGGAUACGGCGAAGGCGUGGAGGCUCAGGUAAUCCAGGGCUCCUAUUCCUACACCUCGCCAGAGGGCACACCCAUUACUGUGCGUUAUAUUGCCGAUGAGAAUGGAUUCCGGGCAGAGGGCACUGGGAUUCCUGCUACUCCGCAGUAUUUCGCAGGUGCCCAACCUUACCAACAGGGCUUGAUCAAUCCAAACCUGAAUCCAUAUCAGACGCCCUUCCGCCAACUGCCUCCACCGCUGCCCAAUGCCCCCUUUCGUCCUCAGCUUCCGGGACAACAGCCGUUGACCCCGCUGCAACAGCAACAACAGCAGCAGCAGCAACAGUUGCAACAGCAACGCAAUUUCCAGCAGCAACAGCAACCGAACUCCGGGCAAUAUCAGCCUGAUCAGCCGUUCAAUCAGCUGCAUUCCGGUAAUUUGCCUGGUCAGUAUGCCGGACAAUUUGGCCAGCAAUCCUUUGGCAGCAAUCUCACGGCGCAGCAGGCACAACAGCAACAGAAUCUCAACCAGCAACAGCAGCAGCAACAGCAGCAACAACAGCAGCAGAAGGAGCAGCAAAAUGAGCAGCAGCAACAGGCUUUGAUCACCCAACAACUGAGGGGCAGACCCAACAACCUGGUGGACACCUAUGGCUACAACCAGUAUGGCAGACGCUUCAAGAAGUCCCCAAAGAAAUAACAUCACAAAUUAAUAUAAUUGAAACGAUUAGUUAGUCCAAACUUGUAGUCGCAACUCAAAGGCAUGAAAUACAUGCACCUAAAAAGUCAAA